AUGAGUGUUUCUUCCAAAGGAUUCGAGGCGAGAAAUGAUCUCGAAAAGGGAGGUCUAUCCAGCGCCAUGGACGAGGAAGAAAUCGCAAUAUCUGGUUAUUCACCAAGGGGAGAAGAAGAACCCGACAACUAUGACGAAAAUGCGGGCCUUUCAGAAAUGGCCAUGCCGCAGCCUGCGCGUCCAGAGAACCCCGAGCAGGACAACUUGGAAAGAGAAGAACUGACAGCCCGGAGACUGAGUACACGAGGAGGUCGAGGAUCCGGCGAUGAAUACCUCACAGAGCUUAGGGUGCCCUCUAUUGUCGGCCACGGCGAUGAGAGCGAGGCUAGACCUCCCUGGGGCCCCGUCGAGUCGCCUCCCUCUAGCAGCGAAGAAAAGGAAGACGCUUCCAGGACGAAGAGUCAUCCGGCUCUGGUGCCAAUGACUGAAUUCUACGUGAUUGGAUACCUCAUCUUCUUCGCAAUCUUCGGGACUCUAAGUCGACUUGGCGUCGAGGCUAUCAACACUUACCCUGAUGCUCCUGUGUUGUCGCCCGUGCUCUGGGCCAAUGUCGGCGGCUCUCUGAUCUUCGGAUUCCUUGCCGAAGACCGUCAGCUGUUCAAGGAGGAAUGGGGCCCACAUCAUCCAGACCCCCCUUGGUCUCUCAAGCCUCCCGAAGCUGGUGGACGCCAGAGCGGCAGCGGCAGCAGCAUUGCCAACGAAGUCGCCUCUUCAAAGCACAAACACUUGAAAGUCAAGAAGACAAUACCUUUGUACAUUGGCCUUUCAACCGGUUUUUGCGGCUCUUUCACUUCCUUCUCGACGUUCUUGAGGGACGCCUUCCUGGCCCUGAGCGGACAACUUGGGUCUCUGACUCGCUCCCAGGCACCCAGUCCAAGACACCGCGGGUACGACUUCGAGGCCGUCGUCGCCGUCCUCAUCGUGCACGUGGCGUGUUCUCUCGCGGCGUUGAAAUUUGGAGCCCACUUGGCACUGGCCACUCAGAGCAUGAUGCCGACGCUUCCCUUCCGCCGCGCCCGUAAAGUCUUGGACCCGGCCAUCGUGAUUCUCGGACUGGGGUGCUGGAUCGGUGCGAUCUUGCUCGCGAUAUGGCCUCCCAAGGACGCCUGGAGGGGCCAGGUGAUAUUCUCCCUGAUCUUUGCGCCCGUGGGCUGUCUGUUCCGGUUUUACCUGUCAAAACAUCUGAACCGGCGCAUCCCCUCAUUCCCCGUGGGCACCUUCCUGGCCAACAUCUCCGGCACUGCCGCUCUAGGGGUGUGCUUCAUCGUCCAACGCUUCGGCCAUCGCAGCGUGCUCUCCUGCCAGGUCCUCAACGGCAUCAUGGACGGGUUCAGCGGCUGUGCCACCACCGUGAGCACGUGGGUGGGUGAGCUCGAAACGCUGCGGCGGAAACACGCCCAUAUCUACGGUGCUUCCAGCGUGGCAGUGGGGCUGAGCAUCUUGGUCGUCAUCAUCGGGAGCCUCUUGUGGAGCGCCGGUUUCGAUGUGCCUGCAUGCCAUAUUUGA